AUGCUUUCCGAGUCUGACGAAAUGUUGUUUGAGUGCGGACCGCGUGAAAAAGCACAUUUGAUGCUGCCUCGUGCUGUUGUUUGUAAAGGAAAUCAUUGGCAUAUAUAUCGGGUUGAAACUCAGCGACCUUAUUUCAGUGGACCAAGUUCAGACUGUGGUGCAACUGGUCGUGCAAAUGUGAUCGGUGAAGAUGGGGUUCAGUUCACAUUUCGCAAUUCACGGAUGUCUAAUAACGGAACCGAUACCAACGUUGGACAGAUUCCAGAACUCCUAUACGUGUCCGAAGGUGGGAAUGGUCCAUCGAUGUCAAUGAUGAAUCGAGAUGAUGGUUGUGAUUUCGCAGAGACGAGUUAUUGUGACCGUAUAUCGAUGGCGAUUCGUAUGCAGUCUUUGCUGAGUGUUACACCGACAACGCUGAGUGCUCUCUACCGUAUACUCGAUUGGGCGAUUGAACGAGCGAUUAUCAAUGAGGAUUCGAACAACUCGGAAUUCACAUGGUUACGAGAACGGGCCACAGCAGUGGCCAUUGUUGUUUUGCGAAUGAUUUGUUUCUAUAUUCGCUGUCUUUAUUCACCGUCCAGUGACAGUAUAAAUGAUGAUCGAAGAGAACCAUCGGGUGAAUUCGCAGAUUUGAUCGUUCAGUUCGCCUCAAUAAUGAAUGCACUAUUCGAUCUUGCAAACGAGCGAAUUCUCAGUGAGGAUUUGACUCGUUGGGCACUGCUUGAGGAAGCUGUACGAACGUACGUCUCUUGUUCACGUGUGCUUCUACCCAGUCCACAGCUGGCCGUUGAACGUUUAGCACUUUUGAUGUCCACACCUAACCGCGAAUGGUCUCUGGCCGCACUUCUG